CUAGUUAAUACCCUGUAUACAAGACAAGCCACAGUGUACAUGUGCUGUUAGUUGCUGUAUCAGAUUGUUUAUGGCCUUACCCGGGGAAAGCGAUGAAGAUUUUGCAAAACGAUUGCAAAUCGAGCUUAACAGAGAUGAAGAUGUUGAAAGGCAGCUGCAAGAAGAUCAUCUUUUUGCACUAACAGUUGCUGAACAGAUCCAGAAUAAUUCAGAUGUAGAUGAAGAUUUCACAUGCAAUCAUCCAUUAAAAUCUCCCACACAGAAUGUAAGAGGCAUACGUGAAGACGGAGCAGUUUAUGAAACACAUUCUGAUACCAGCAUACUACAAGUGCCAGAAAUUCAUAACAGUUCUUCAACAAAUAACAGUCGCUUUGAAAAUCAAUCAGUCAGUUUGGAAAGGACAGCAAUGGAUAAAUACAAGAAACUAGAAACAAGUGUUUCCUCGAGUUAUUCUCAUGAGAUAUCAGAUAGUGACUCUGACACAGACAAUUUUGAGCCAAAGUCUUCCAAGACUGUUCAUAAUGACUCAUUAUCUUCUUCCCUUCAUGAAAUAUCAGAAAGUGACAACUCUGAUGAGGACACCUGUCAGGGCAGUUCUCUAAAGAAAAGUCCUUCUAGAUCAAAACCAGCUAUGGAAGAAUCUGAUGAUUACAAACAGGACAGCAAAGACAAAAGACCAAAGUGCAAAUUUGGAAAGACAUGUUAUAGAAAAAAUCCCAAACACCUUAAAGCAUUCUGGCAUCCAGAAGGAGAACAUGGUCACUCUUCCAUUCCUGGCACAAGUUCCAAUGAGGAAGCCCCACCAAGCAAGAAGCAAAAGCUUGACCAGAAAGGCUCUGAUCAUUGCUUAAAAAUGAAUGACAGAUUUGGCUUCUAUUUGACCAAGGUAGCAGGAAUUGAUAAUGCACACAACUUGCAUGCUGUUCACAUAAAAGAUAUUUUGUCCACAUCAAUGGGAAAUUUACAAGCUUCAGCACAGUUCAAUUAUAUGUUUGACAUCCCAUGGUUAAUACAGCAGUAUCCUGUAGAGUUUAGGUCUAAGCCUCUGUUAAUUGUCCAUGGGAUGCAGAGAGAGACCAAGGCUGAGUAUGACAUGGCUGCUAUGAACUAUUCUAAUGUGAAACUUUGCCAGGCAAAAAUGGAGAUCAUGUAUGGAACACAUCAUACCAAAAUGAUGCUUUUGCUGUAUGAUAACGGCAUGAGGGUAGUAAUCACCACAGCCAAUAAUAUACAUCAGGACUGGUAUCAGAAAACUCAAGGUGUAUGGAUCAGCCCACUGUUUCCCAAACUAGAUAAAGGUGAGGCCAGUGCUGGAGAUUCUGACACUCAUUUCAAGAAAGAUCUGCUGGAAUACCUAUCAGCAUAUAAGUUGAAUGGAUUGAAAGAGUGGCAAGAACAUAUUAAGCAACAUAAUAUGUCAUCAGCAAAAGUGUUCAUUCUUGGAUCUGUACCUGGAAGACACUUGGGUGAAAAGAAAACUGCAUUUGGACAUUUGAAGUUGAGAAAGAUAUUACAGGAGCAUGGCCCCAGUGUAAGUGAGGUAAAAGGGUGGCCCGUGGUGGGACAGUUCUCUAGCAUUGGCUCUAUGGGGCCUAACAAGGACAAUUGGCUUUGUGCCGAAUGGCGGGAAAGUCUGUCUACAGCCAAGGGAUUGGGCGGCCUUAGAACUGCUGAUGCACCUUUGAAACUCAUAUUCCCUACUAAAGACAACAUUCGCCUCAGUCUAGAAGGUUACCCAGCAGGUGCCUCAGUGCCUUACAGCAUCCAUACAGCUAAAAAACAGCAAUUUCUCCAUGAAUAUUUUCACCAGUGGAGGGCCGAAGUACAGGGCAGGAGUCGUGCAAUGCCCCACAUUAAGACCUACCUUAGAAUGUCUCCUGACUCUAAGAAAAUUGCAUGGUUUGCUGUAACAAGUUCCAAUUUAUCAAAAGCUGCUUGGGGAGCCUUAGAGAAGAAACAGUCUCAGUUGAUGAUCCGAUCAUAUGAAAUAGGAGUGCUUUUUCUACCACAAAUGUUUGGUGCUGAAAAAUUCUUUGAAGUUCAAGACAAAGAAUGUCAAAAUAGUGGAGAAUUCCCUGUUCCAUAUGAUCUUCCCCCCACACCUUACACUAAACAAGAUCGACCAUGGUUGUGGGACAUUCCCUAUAAAGAUCUCCCUGAUACCCAUGGAAACAUGUGGUGCCCAUCAUGAGGUGGCGCCAUCUGUGCCUCUGGAACCCAUGGCUAGAACACAUUCUGUUCAUAGAGAAAUCACUACAAAUCAAUGCAAAAUCAUAUACUCUGGCCAUGCAGUAGUUAUCUGGGAUUAGAUCAUUUGCCACUGGUCACAGAUUGGGGCUGAAAGACGUACUUCUUUCUUCCUUUAUUUUCGUUCUUUUUUACUCAGUUUAAGAGACUAAGAUUUGUAGCUGAGGAAGUGAACUUGACAUUUAAAAUUAACCGGGGGAUUUGUGCUCCUUUCUACAGGACAUAUUGGUUAAAAAUGAAUCUUCAAAAGGGAACAUGGCGGGUGCAGAUGUUCAUUUCUUGCAUGUG